AUGUCAAAAUUCAAGGAUGAGUAUAAGGAAAUCAAACUUAUUGGAAGAGUCGAGCAUAAAGCCACCGGUAAGAAAUUCGUGUCUAAAUAAGAUCCUCCUCAGCACUCUGAGUGAGAAAGAACAGCAAGGCGCUUUACUCGAAGCAAAUCUGCUCAGGCAGCUAGACCAUGCUCAUAUUGUCAGCUACGAGUCGAGUUUCAUUGAGAAAGGCCAGCUCAUCAUCGUCAUGGAGUACUGAGAAGUUGGCGAUCUCGCCUAUCACAUUAAAAAGAAAUAAGGCCAAGAAAGAGAACUUCACCGAAGAUGAGAUAUUAAAUUGGUUCAUCCAGAUCGCAAUUGCGCUGGAAUAUAUCCACGGCCGCAAAGUCAUCCACAGAGACAUCAAGACCUCCAACAUAUUCUUGACUGGUAACGGAACUGUCAAGCUCGGAGACUUCGGAAUUUCGAGGGUGCUAGAGAACACCAACGAGGCUGCCAUGACUGUGGUCGGGACACCCUACUACAUGAGUCCAGAAGUCUGUGAGAGCAAGCCCUACACCUUCAAGUCUGACGUGUGGGCACUUGGCUGAGUCCUCUACGAGUUGUGAACUUUGCAGCAUGCAUUCUUAGCAGACAAUUUGCUUGGACUUGUGUAUAAGAUCGUCAAAGGGACUUACGACAGCAUUCCUUCUGUAUACAGCGACGACAUGCGCGAAGUCGUUGACAAAAUACUCAGCAAAGACGAGUCCCAGAGGCCAACUGUGCAAGAAAUUUUGUUGAUGCCAUAUCUGAAAGCGAAAAUGGAAGAGUUCAUUCUUAACCAAGGAGACAUCGGAACCACAGACCUCAAAGUCAGAGCCAUCAAACCUGAGGAAACCAGAGAUGAAGAAGAAAAAGAACUUCUUAAAGGACUCACUGGCUCAGCUUAUCUCAAAAAGAAGAAGGAACUUGCUGCGCAGAGAGAAGCCGACCGCAUCAAAGAAGCCAUGAAAGGCAGCUACUCACACUACGGAGCUGCCAAAGAACGCAAGUAUAACGAGUUUUACACUUCGAAAGGCGAAGAAGGAUUCACCAAACACCCAGGUGAAGAACAAGCUGAGGCACCAGUUCAUGCAACAGGAGGCUCUCCGAGCAAGCAGUUCCAGAUCGACCCAAACUCAGCCAGUUCGUUCGGAGUCAACGACAGAUACGAAGACACUUAUGAGCUGUCGAACUCGAUGGGUACCCAGAUCUCGCAGUUGACAGAGCACGAUAGGCCAGCGCCCAUGGGUUCGAAGAAGUUCUCAAAUUACCAUUAUGACGACAGGGAAAUCAAAGCCUCUGGAAGUUACAAGUUUGAAGAGCACAAGCAAGAUGAUGAAGACUACCUUGACGACUUCGAAGAUGCAACCAGAGACGAGAACCAGAUGACCGGAGUCCUUGACAAUUACAGGAGAAUUCUGUCUGGAGACAUCCAUGACUAUGGAGAAGACCCUCUCAAGAAGCAUGACUCCGAACCAUUCUCGCCAAUAUCUGAAGCUCCAUCAGCCGAUGAGUUUGACCCUGGAACAAUCAGAGACUUAGCGAGUCAGAAAGAACAGAACGCCAUUCGGGAGUAUUUCGGUGAUGAAAACUACGAAGUGAUGUACGAUUAUUUGCUUGAAGCAAGGCGCAACAAUGUUGAUGACGCAACUAUCCAGGACCAACUCAAGAAGUUCGUAGGUCCGACUAACAAAGAAGCCCUGAGCAUGUGAUUCAAACUGGACAUGAUCGCCUUCAAAGAGUCGUACUCGAAGUAA